AUGAGGCGCAGGGUGGUGGCGCUCUUGCUCGUGUUGCUUCCGCGUGCGGACAGCGCCGCGCUGCUGCGGCGCAGGCCGCGGCCGCUCGCGGCCCCUGCACUCCUGCUCCGGCUGCGAGGCGGGCAGGAGCCUGCGCCCGCCUCGCAAAAGCCGCCGGGCUCGCCGCCGACCACCACGGCGGACGUGCAUGUGUCCGCCGACACACCGCCAUCGCCGUCGCCCGGGCUGCUCGCGCGGCUGCUCAACUCGGCACCCGUCGCCCACUUUCGCUCGGCGCCGCCCAUCACGCGAUCGUGGGUGACGGUGUCGGUGCUGCUGACGGUCCUCGCCUCGCAGCGCCUGGUCGACCUGCGUUCCAUCGCCUUUGCGGAGCGCGAGGUGGUGCGCCGCGGCGAGUGGUGGCGCACGCUGCUAAACUUCUUCUACAUGGGCGAGCAGCCGCUCUCCGUCUUUUACUGGCUCCAGAUCUACCACCUGUGGGAGUGCAUGCGCAUCUUGGAGCUAGUCAAGUACGCGUGGGAGCCAGGCCAGUUUGUGCGCAUGAUCGUGAGCAACAUUGCAUCGCUGCUGCUGCUAAAGCAGCUCUCGCCCUCGCUCAUGUUCCUCGGCACGCCGCUCGUCAUGGUCUUCAUGUACGUGUACGCGCGCGAGUAUGAGUCGUCAAUCACAAACUUCCUCGGCUUCUUUCAAAUCCGCACAGGCUGGCUGCCCUUCGCGCAGAUGGACGGCGUGCAGACCGGCGACAUGAUGCCAAACCUGCUCGGGCUGCUCGCCGGCCACUUUUACUUUUACACAAACGAGGUGGCGCCGCGCAUGCUGCUGCCCAGCAGGCCGCCCACGUUGGCUCAGUUUGUCGCCGCGAUGGACAAGGCCGCGCCGCCCGGCAGCACUCCGUCCGAGGGCGAGGAGGAGCUCGAGGCGGCGGCCGAGGGGGGCGAGGAGGAGGUCGAGGCGGCGGCUGAGGGGGGCGAGACGGAUGCGGACGACGGGGAUGACGAUGAGGUGGAGGAGGACUGA